UUAGAAUGAAUGGACAGAAGCAUUGGCCAUGGGUGGCUGUUGUGGCACUCCUGCUCCUAACAGUGAUGGCAGCGGAAGGAGGCAAAGCGGAGAAACAAGGGAAGAAGGAACGGAAGUCUGACUGUGGGGACUGGCAGUGGAGUGUGUGUGUAGCCAACGAGGGAGACUGUGGACUUGGCACCAGGGAGGGAACCCGCACCGGCUCGGACUGCAAGCAGACCAUCAAGACUCAACGCUGCAAGAUCCCUUGCAACUGGAAGAAGAAGUUUGGAGGGGAAUGCAAGUAUAAUUUCCAGUCCUGGGGCGAGUGCGACCCGGCAACGGGCAAGAUGAACAGAACAGGAGUUCUGAAGCGAGCGCUCAUGGAUGCGACCUGCGCCCCCACCGUUACAGCCACCAAGCCUUGUAGGAAAAUCCCCAAGACGAAACUGCAAGAUGCGAAGAAGCAAAAGGAGGAGGGAAAGAAGCGAGACCGCACCCAAAAGGACUAAGAAGGUUUUUUUCUGCUAGAGAAGAAGGAAGAAGACUGUGGAAAGACAUCCACUGCCCGAUUUCUAUGUGGUUCCUCUUUAUAUGUCCUCUAGGCUGACGGUAGGACAAGUGGAAACAUGGCGUUUAGUGACGUGUUUUAUUUUUUCUUCUUUCUAGCACUUGGUAAACAGCUUGUAUGUUGCUAUAGGAAACAUAAUUCACAGUUGUAGGAAAGGAUAAUGAGAAUUUUUGUUUACUAGUGUUUGCGCUUAAUGAUGAUAUUUUUGUAGGAUUGUUUUCUUAAGAGCAAAUUGCCUAGGGUUUGUUUUACAGUCGAAUACCCUAACUCUAAUUUAAAAAAAAUCUUUGGUUCCUGCUCUGAAUUAAUGAAGCAGUUUGUUAAAUGUUAAGCUUUAAACGUCUUCAUUUAAAAAAAAAAGUAAAAAAGAAAAGAAGACAUUUGCAAUGUUAAAAAAAAGUUAAACAUAACUAUGUGGAACUGUGGAAUGCAUGUAAUAACUGCUGUGCUGUUGUGCAACCUGUUUUUAGUUUGACCUACUCUUGCUGCUGUUAGGAACCAACCUGUUCCCGCAUUUGGUGACAUUCUGACUCUCCCAAAUGUAUCAUCAAUGUAGAUGUCUGAGCUUAACAUUCCCUUGAAUUUCCUCAACAUUUGCAAUAAGAAAAUUGUAAAAUGAGAUGAAAAUUCUGAAAAAAAAAGAAUACCAAAAGCAUUUGCUCUUCCUUCUUGUGUCCUCUGUCGAUCGAAUAAAACGAAAUAAAAAACUAAUUUCAAACACA